GUGCUGAGUGCUGUUGGUAUGCUUAGCAUUGCAGCAGUACACAGCGGGAUACAUAGUCCCGGAUGCAAAGAACUUGCAAUCAAAGACUCCAUCCUGCAGUGAAUAUCACCCAGGGGGGAUCCCUGUGUCUGCUUGGUCCCCCAUUGACUUAACUGGGGAUGCCCAAGAGUGCAGGGAUCUGUCCACAUGUAGCUCGUGUUAGGAUGAGCACCGAAGGUCCUAAUCCUAUAAAACGCUAAAUGCUGCCUGGGGAUGUUGAGUGCCUGCAUCUCCUACUGACUUCAGAGACUGGAAGCUGAGGUGGCUCCACACCCCACAGGAGGCACUCAGCCUCUUGCAGGAUUGGGCCCUACAUGUGAGACAGACCAAUCCAGAAAAACAUACAGAAUGUUGUGUAUUUGAAUCAUAACAACUUAUGAAAUGACAAAAUCCUGUAACGGUUUUAAAAUCUGGCUCCACAAUGUUUGCCAAAUGAGGGUUGAUCUUCCCACUUUUGCAUCUAAACUGUUGAUGCACCAAUACGCAGAGCCAUGAUCCUCUGUGUAAUUCUGUAGCCACAACAAAUCUGAAAUUGAGGUACAUGUUCAGUUUAACCUUUGGCAAGAGGGUAAAUGGGUACAUUUAGUCCUGGAUUAGUGUAUGUGACCCUUGAAUGUCCUCUGAAUGAUGAUUAUUUGUCAGGUAAUGCAAUUAUAUUUAAUGGGUAUUGCAAUUAUACUUACCAUGUAAAAGUAGUUGCAUGCAUUUUAAUAGCAUACUUGGCUACUUGUAUUAACCUAAAACAUUGGUCCAAAGUACUUUGUGCAGCUCAUGUUUUCAGUCACAAUGAAGAGGGCUUGAUCUAAACCUUACCGAAGUAACUGAAAAGAUUCCGAUAGAUUUUAGUGGGCUUUGGAUCAGGCCUGAUAAAGACAAACCCUAUGUAUUUCCCAUGUUGCUCCUUCUUUAAAGUCCUGAUGAUAAUCAUUAGGAAAUUAAGUUCCAGCUUAAAAGAAAGAGGUUGCAGUAUUUUGGUGCUUAUUUGAGCAUGACCAUGAAGUCAAAGGCAAAUCAUAAACUUCCUAUUGUCUGUGAUAUGCCAUUUGUGCAGAGCUAUGCCAUACUGCUGCUUGCUUGGAGCAGAGCACAGGUUAUUUGGUAUGCAGCAAUCCAUGAGCAGGUGUAUGAGAAGUCUAUAAUUUCGCAGACAUAAAUGUAAUAUUAUUAAAUGCUGGAAAAAUCAGGUUUUUAUUCUGUUGUGAGUUCUAGCCUAUGAUUUCCAAAAGAAUGAAAGGAAUAUUGUAUUGAUUUUUAGAAUGACAUACAGACCUCUGAGGCUAUUUGGAUUCUUACAUCGUCUCUUUAUCAGAGCACUGGUCUGAGGGCAAUGGGCAAAGUUUUCCUCUAAAAAACAUGAACCCUGUGGAAGUGGAAUGAUGUCUUAAUUAGCAGCAUAGAAGUAUAUGUUCAGGAAUAUAAAUGGGGAGGGGAAUUUCAUGGUAAUCAGAGAAGCUGAACUCCUUCACCAAACCUCUUCCCCACCACCAUCUAUCCAGGCUGUAGAGCACCAGUGAAGCUGUUUCAUGAUGGCUGCUACUGCAGCCCCUGGUCUGCAGUAACUUCUGUGGAUGCUGUGUAGUCUGUCACCUGUGUGAUUUGGUCAAUGGAUCUGUGUAGAUGCAAAUCUAGAGCCUGUGUCCCUGAUAUGUCCCCAUAGCACACAUCAGUUCAGUUUAAUUCAGGGCCAACCACUUGCCUUACUUAAUCCAGAAGAUUGGCCCAUACGAAAUACAUAAACUUGCAAAUGGUUGGAAGGGACCAUGGAGGGCAGUUGAAUCCUUCCAGGGUCACAUAUAACUUGUUUCCCUUAAGAUGGGAGCAAAACAGCCCUGGUUUUGAAAGGACGGGGUAGCAAUGUAGAAUAUUCUUUCCUCCCACCCCCAAACCAACAACUGCAGACUCUUGUGCUCUGAGAGCCUAACUCAGGGGGACUGCAGAAUAGCAGUCCUGCAUUGAUAUCAGCAGACAGUACAAUCGCAUUACCCUGCCAAGACUGUAAGCACAUACUGUCACCCAGUAGCAGGCUUCCACUGGAGAUAUACAAGAUGUAGAUCUCUAUAAUAUUUAGCCAUGAUAUUGUAAUAAAGCUUUGGUCAUGUAACAAUAUCCUUGCAAUGUUAUGUGUCUCUGUCUUAUCUUUCCCACUCCCUGCUGUUGGAUAUGGAACCAUUAUAUCAAAAGAAAUCAUCAAAAUGGAAUGAGUACAUUCUUGUUCUCCCAUGCAGUUUUUUUACAUUCCAAGAGGUGUGGCAGAAAAUGUCAGUCAGCAUGCAUGAGAAUCGCAAGUCUAGAGCCAGCACUGGCUCUAUAAACAUAUACUUAUUCCAUAAAUCAUCAUAUGCUGAUAGCGUCCUUACUCACCUGAACCUUCUACGCCAACAAAGGCUUUUUACAGAUGUACUUCUCCAUGCUGGCAACAGGUCAUUCCCUUGCCACAGAGCUGUCCUAGCUGCAUGUAGUCGCUAUUUUGAAGCAAUGUUCAGCGGUGGACUUAAAGAGAGCCAGGCUAGUGAAGUCAAUUUUCAUAAUUCUAUUCAUCCAGAAGUUUUAGAACUUCUGCUGGACUAUGCAUACUCCUCCAGGGUUAUCAUCAAUGAAGAGAAUGCAGAGUCCCUGCUAGAGGCUGGAGACAUGCUAGAAUUCCAGGAUAUCAGAGAUGCUUGUGCAGAGUUUCUGGAGAAGAACCUUCAUCCCACCAACUGCCUUGGCAUGCUGCUGCUGUCAGAUGCUCACCAGUGCACCAAGCUUUAUGAACUCUCUUGGACGAUGUGUCUUAGCAACUUCCAAACCAUCAGUAAAACUGAAGAUUUUCUCCAGCUGCCAAAAGACAUGGUUGUGCAGCUUCUUUCCAGUGAAGAACUAGAAACUGAAGAUGAAAGAUUAGUAUAUGAGUCAGCUAUUAACUGGGUUAACUAUGAUCUGAAUAAGCGCCACUGUUAUCUCCCUGAACUAUUGCAAACUGUGAGACUGGCUCUCUUGCCAGCCAUCUACCUUAUGGAGAAUGUAGCCAUGGAAGAACUUAUCACUAAGCAAAGGAAAAGCAAAGAUAUAGUAGAAGAAGCAAUAAGAUGCAAGCUAAAGAUCUUACAGAAUGAUGGUGUGGUCACCAGUUUGUGUGCCAGACCUCGUAAAACUGGCCAUGCACUGUUUCUUCUGGGGGGCCAAACCUUUAUGUGUGACAAGCUGUAUCUGGUGGACCAAAAGGCAAAAGAGAUCAUUCCAAAGGCUGACAUCCCAAGUCCACGGAAAGAGUUCAGUGCUUGUGCUAUUGGCUGCAAAGUGUAUAUCACUGGAGGUCGGGGAUCAGAAAACGGAGUCUCCAAAGAUGUUUGGGUGUAUGACACUCUUCAUGAGGAGUGGUCAAAGGCUGCCCCCAUGCUGGUAGCUAGGUUUGGGCAUGGUUCUGCUGAACUCAAACACUGUUUGUAUGUAGUAGGAGGACACACAGCAGCAACUGGUUGCCUUCCAGCUUCCCCUUCAGUAUCCUUAAAGCAAGUAGAACAGUAUGACCCUGUGACCAACAAAUGGACAAUGGUUGCACCACUUCGAGAAGGAGUAAGCAAUGCAGCUGUAGUUAGUGCAAAGCUUAAGCUAUUUGCUUUUGGUGGCACCAGUGUUAGCCAUGACAAGCUGCCCAAAGUUCAAUGUUAUGAUCAAUGUGAAAAUAGAUGGACAGUACCAGCCACCUGCCCCCAGCCCUGGCGCUACACAGCUGCAGCUGUUUUGGGUAACCAGAUUUUUAUUAUGGGUGGAGAUACUGAAUUCUCUGCAUGCUCAGCUUAUAAAUUCAACAGUGAAACAUACCAGUGGACUAAGGUGGGAGAUGUGACAGCUAAGCGAAUGAGCUGCCAUGCAGUAGCAUCUGGAAACAAACUAUAUGUAGUGGGAGGCUAUUUUGGGAUUCAAAGAUGCAAAACAUUGGACUGCUAUGAUCCCACAUUAGAUGUAUGGAACAGCAUAACCACAGUGCCCUAUUCACUAAUUCCCACAGCAUUUGUCAGCACAUGGAAACACCUCCCCUCAUAACUGUGUGUGUGUUGCGAUUGCAGCUUGCCAGUUUGCUCUGUUAGUUGGAGAAGAGACUUGGAAUCUCAGCUACGGAGAAAUGGUUUUAAUGAAGAAAAAUUGUUCAGAGUCUUUGAGUUUGAAGAAAAAUAUCUGCACCUUGUAAAUUAUCUAACCUGGACAUGAAGGAAUGGGAGGAAAAAACUGUCUUUGGUGCAUCAGCACAUGGUUUAAAUAUGAAAGAAUGAACCUAUGGUCUGAUUCCUUGUACUAGUAAUAGUGGAUUAAUGUCAGUGUUAAUCAGACCUUAAAGGGAGGGGACGGGGAAAAGGAAAAACAAAAAAAGUCCAGAACUUUCCAUAGCUGUGCAACCUACAACUCUCGAUUUUCAUGGACUCCAUUGUGUGUGCGUGAAAUUUGAAAUGGUUGUCACCUCUCACUGUGACAGUUUGAAGUGUCAGCACCAGCUGCCGGGGAAGCAGGCCAGGUCUGAAACAGUGAGAUGUCGCCGUGAAUGAAGAUACAGCUGUGUCACUGCAGAGUACUGCUGCAGGAAUGAACUUGUUUAUAGGCAGUGUCUGAAGAAUCCAUUCGAUUGUCCUAUCUGCAGUGAGUGACCCUUCAUUGGAUAAGGAACAGCACAAUUAAAAAAUAAAAGGUUUUUGCAAUAGUGGGGAACUAAAAAGAACUCAUUUUCCCCAAAUGUUUUCUUUCCCUUCCUCCAUGUAUUUAUAGGUGACUUAAACUGUCCCAUUCCUGUUACGUUACUUGUAGAUGUAGCUAUUUAUUGUUCAGUGCUUGCAUGCUGAAACAAUGCCUGCAGUUGUCUUCAUGUUGUAAGGAUUUGUGUGAUUUGUUGUUUGUUUUGCACAUUUUGUGGUCUCUGACUCGCUCUGCUGCACACAAAAAAGAAAACUGUUGAAUAAUAGUUGGAGGUGGGAGCGAGUGAUGGGAUGGCUUCCUCAGUCGGAAAUGGAAGGAUUACAAGGCAGGAUCUUAAAUUACACACAUACUAAAGGAAGAAGCCAUGGAGGUCACUUUCUCAGGCCACCAACUCCCCAGGUUAGAUGUGGUUUAUCCUGUAGAUAGCGUCCCUGCUCCUUUUCAUUGGCCUGUUCAUGCCUUUCAAUUUCUUAUCUGGAACUAGCCAAAACUAUAGACAGCUUUCUCUUUGUGCAGCUUCUCUAUUACCUAGAAGAUGCUGUGGGAUGGUUUCUGUACACAGAGCCCCAAGAAAGGCAUUGGCCAAAAAGUUAUUUAUUUAUUUAUUUAUGAGUUUAGACUAUGGGACAUUUACCAUAACCACAUUUACCUGAUUGAGUGGAGUCUGGCUGACUCACAAAAACAAAAUAGAUUAGUAGUGAACUAGUUAAAAAACAAAACAAAAAACCAACAAAAAAACGAACAACUUGCACUGACAGGAUUGGCUCCUCUCUGCACGGAAGUGGGAUGAAUGAGUGCCAUGGUGUCAAAGACCCGAAAGGUGUGGCACGAUUGUUACGAUGAAGCAUGAAAAAUUGCAGAACUAGAACUUAAAAAUAAUCCUCAAACUUUGCUGCAUCUUUUAUUUUCACACAGCCCAGAGAUGAGUCUUCAGACACUUUGGUAUUGAGAAAUGUCAAAUAUAAUCAUGAUAAACCAAAGGAUUAAAAAAAAAGAAUGCCCAUUUUAUUUGCUCAGGCUAGUCUUGAGUCGGGUAUGAACCCAUUCAUUUCUUCUUCUGUUUCACAGGUGCUUUCCUUGCCAGAUUUCAUUGUGAAGCACGUGUUGUGUUUUUCAUAAGUCUGUUGAGCCCAACUUAAUAAUGAUGUGGUCAACAACAUGGUUGUAGUAUUCUGCUGCAGUAUAAAUAAAAGAUUCUUAGUUGCAUGCAUGCAAAAACAAAAGUGAUAAUGUUGAUGUUUGCAUUUCUCUCUAUGAUGGUGAAGUCACUGUGCUCUUUAAGCUUACCAUCUGAAAAUGUUUACAGUGAUCACCCUUAAAUUUUUCUCACAAGGGAAGAAUUUUUAAAGGGUGACCCAAGGUUUGACAUGAACAGGACUCCACAACUAUGUAGUAAACGAGUUACAGUUGUAGUUCCACUAGGUUAGGUUGAGCUGUUGAAGUAUUAAAACAUCAGUCCCCUUCUUCUACAUGGCUUUAAACGAUAGACAUGCUUCUUAGGUAGAGCACCUUCCUAUAAGCCCGAGUUGCCCCAGUAAAGUAAAUGGGCUGGAUUCUCCACUGCCUUGUAGGUGGGAUAGUUAUUCACACCUGUGCAAUGUGGGUGUAAAAUGCUCCCAAAUCCAAAUAGUCACGUUUUACCUCCUCCUCGCAUAGGUGUCUGUGGCUACACAAGUUACAGGGAAGUGAAGUGUUGGGUCCAAUGAGACGACUCAUUUGACUAAAGGUAUAUCUGAUCAAGCCCUCCGUUUUCUUUAUUGGAUGAAGGGAUAUAUAUAGUUCUGUCUUGAAGCUGCACCGUACAUUGCUAUUUAGCUUCUGACAAAAAUCUGUUUUCUAAUACCAUGUAACUUCUGAAAGUGGGAUGAAUUUUCUGCAGCUGUUUUCAAAGUUGUGGUGUGCUUUCAACUGCUUGAUUAAUUCCUCUGUGUAGGCUGAAGGAAACUGAAGUCAGGGUGGGCCUCGGGCCCUGCAGGGAAUAUUCUGGGCUUCUGCUCUUUGAAUUGAUGUGGGAAUUCUGGCUUACUACUUGACCAUUCCAGUCGUGCAAAACAUCCCACACUUUGAAGCAAAUGCAAUUCACAGCAGAGUGCACACAAAAACCUUGGCAUAGGACGGGAAGGUUCUUCUUAUUUUGUAGGCUGGUUGCUGUAGAAACUUAUAACAAAGGACAGCCUUCCACUUCUGGUAUAAUUGUGUAGACCCUUUUCUCUAGGCCUGACACCUGUCUAAUAAGAGUGAUUAGAGCUGAAUAAUGCCCCUUCCCUGACUAUUGAAGUUGUGGUUCACAUACUAACAGAAAACUGUACAAGUGAAGAAGGAAAAUGUCUAUGUUCUGUCUCUGUUUGCUACUAUAUUUUAAGGUUUUGUAAAACUGCAUUUUUUUUUCACAAUGUGAAACUGAAGGUCAAUAAAUUAUUAGAGAUUUUCUCUU